CUCCCAUGUUUUCUAUUGUUAUACCAAAAAAAAAGUGAAAAGCAAAGAAAAACAUGCAGCAUGUGAGGCCCAGAGUGCUAAGUAAAUAGUCUGUGCGCCGUUAUCGUAAAAAAAGCCAGCAAAAAGCGAGUAGAUCUCUGCAGUGAAUGUGAAAAAAAUAGUUGCAAGUGAAAAUUCCAACAAAAAGCAGCAAACACACACACAAGACACUGCCGCACAUUCAGGCCGAUGUAUGUGUGUCGCUCUUUGGACGCAAUUUUGGUAGCAGGACAGUGGAGCUAAGGGAAUCUGGGCCCCGAGUGAAUGGUAGAGUGCACUUUGCGACUCUCAGACUCGACUUCUCCGAAAAACGGAGCAUUCAAAAUAGCACAAGAGAGAUCCCAUCGCCGGCGACGUCAAUCGGAGGGUUCUGGAGCCGACGAUGAUGACUACGAGUAUGAAGAUGAGGGAGAGGAUGCUAUUGAGCCAAGCACGGAAGUUCCCGCGGUGACUACGCAUGCGCAUCGUCAUCAUCAUGGAGUGUCGGAGGGGGAUUCUGCCUCUGCGUCUGCCACGCCCUCGGUGGCCAGUGUGGAGGAGGAGAUCGAGGAGAGCGUCUCCAAGCUGGAGUCCGUGAUAAGCAAGACUAUUGAGAAUACGAAGAACAUCAAGGAGCUGGUCCCAGUGCUCGGGCCAUCGUCCGUCGAUGAGGGUGGUGCUGGUGCUGACGAUGAUGAUGAUGUAGAGGAUGUGGAACUCCAGCAAUUGGGCGCCGCUGCAGGGAAAUUCCAGGAUAAUGAUGUGGACACCACCACAGCGGCUGCCGCAACAGCCACAACUGGGAUGCCUGGCUCUGCCACGGACAUGGUAAAGUCCAGUUACAUGGAGGAGGAAGCAGGGAAUCAGGUGGAUGCCGUUGCCGUCGUAGAUGUGGAUACUGUGGCCACAUUCAGCACCGCUGAUAACACCACACCCCCACCCAUAUCGCCCCCCACCCCAACACAGCACAGCAGCAGCAGCAGCAAUAGCAAGCAGAAGCCAUUCUCACCCUAUGAUGCCACCUCCUCAGUGUCAGUGUCCUCCUCCUCUGUUGUGCCAUCAAUCGAAGCUGUUGAAACGUCUUCGUUGCCAUCCAUGUCCACCUCUACAUCGGCCACAGGGACCUGCUCACCCUCAUCCUCACCCUCAAACUCAUCCCCAUCCUCUCACAUUGUUGCCAUCACAGACAUUGUAUUAGACAACAACAACCAUAAAAACAACAACAAUAUUCUAACAACUUCAUCAUCAUCUGCAUCAUCAUCAUCUGCAACAACAACAACUACAACAAUCACACCAACAGCAACAAUGUCAACUACAACAACAGCAACAACAACACUGUCUGAAAUGUCGCCAAACGUAAAUGAUGUCGCUUUUGUGUGAACGCGCCCGUGAUUGUGUGUGUUGUCUCUCUUGUCUACUGUCUCUUGUCGUUGUCACAUCCCCCUCCCCCUCUUUAUGUGAGUGUGUGUGUCUCCUCCAAACAGCCAGGAGUUAGCUUAGUUCUGUCGCUCUCUCUCUGCCUCUCCAUCUCUUAAUCUGUAACUCUCUUGUUUUUCUUUUAUAUUGAUAUUGUAUUUUUAUUGCCUUUUGUCCUGUGUAAAACGAGAGUUGAACUUCAAAAAAAUGGCUUAACAACAUCCCUGUUGCAGUCAGAAAAGACUUUUAGUGGAGUUGUGUUUGUACAUAAAUGUUAGCAAACUAGAUAAAGAAGUGUAUGUAGAUAUAGUUAAUAUACAUAUAUGUAUUUAUAAAUUGUACAUAUGUAUAUAUAUGCUUUUAGCUGCAGCUUAAUUUGCGUGUUGACAGUUAGUGUUUGUAAACGAUCCUCGAGCUUUAAAUGAGAGCUGCAAUUAGUGUUGGAAAACUAUUGCCCAAGGAUGGGCACUGGUUCUUCGGCAGUUUAUUCGGUGGGAUACUUUUUAUACCCGAUACU